CGGCGUGUGCCGUCGGGAGGCCGGAGCUUCGGAGCGAGCGGUGCCGCGGCGCGGCUGAGGGCCCGGCGGAGCGGGCCGAGAUCGGUGGGCCCCGGAGCGGCGAGGCUCGCGGCCUGAAGGGAGACCCAACAGAAGGAACAUGACAAUUAGAAGCUGUGGACUUGUUUCAGAUUCAUGCUUUUUCAUUUCCUAAUUUUGUGAGUUGGGAACAUUCCUGCAAGAUGUCAGCAUUGAGGACUUGGCUAGUGCAAGCUGUGCUUAUUUUCCUCACCACUGAAUCUAUAGGUGAAAUUUUGGAACCCUGUGGUUUUAUCUACCCCGAAUUUCCAGUUAUACAGCGUGGCUCUAACUUCACUGCCAUUUGUGUGCUAAAGGAAAAAUGCCUUCGGCAGUACGAUGUAAAUGCUAGUUAUAUCGUGUGGAAGACAAAUCAUGUUGCUGUCCCCAAGGAGCAGGUCACUGUCAUCAACAGAACCACGUCCAGUGUCACCUUCACAGACAUCAUCCUCCAGGCUGUCCAGCUCACCUGCAAUAUCCUGUCAUUUGGGCAGAUUGAGCAGAACGUGUAUGGAGUCACCAUACUUUCAGGCUUUCCUCCAGACAUACCGACCAAUUUGAGUUGCAUUGUGCCCGAGGGGAAGAAUAUGCAGUGCCGGUGGGACCCGGGAAGAGAGACAUACCUGGAAACCACCUACACUUUGAAGUCCCAGUGGGCAACAGAGAAGUUUCCUGAUUGUCAAACAAAGUAUAACACCUCCUGCAUGGUGAGCUAUACUCCUGUCUAUUUUGUCAACAUUGAAGUCUCGGUGGAAGCAGAAAAUGCCCUUGGGAAAGUCUCCUCAGAGCUCAUCAAUUUCGACCCCGUGGAUAAAGUGAAACCCAACCCACCACAUAAUUUAUCAGUGAGCAACUCAGAGGAAUUAUCCAGUAUAUUAAAGUUAACAUGGAUCAAUUCAGGUUUUGGUGGUAUUUUAAGGCUGAAGUCUGACAUUCAGUAUAGGACCAAGGAUGCCUCAACUUGGAUCCAGGUCCCUCUUGAAGACACAGUGUCUCCGCGAACGUCAUUCACUAUCCAGGACCUCAAACCUUUUACAGAAUAUGUGUUUAGGAUCCGCUCCAUAAAGGAAGAUGGUAGAGGCUACUGGAGUGACUGGAGCGAAGAAGCACAUGGGAUCACUUAUGAAGACCGACCAUCUAAACCACCAAGUUUCUGGUAUAAGAUAAAUUCAUCCCAUACUCAGGAAUCUCGAUCUGCACGGCUCAUAUGGAAGGCAUUACCUCCUUCUGAAGCCAACGGAAAAAUCUUGGAUUAUGAAGUGAUUCUUACACAGUGGAAAUCACUUUCCCAGAAUUACUCAGUCAGGGGUACAGAAUUGAUAGUAAAUCUCACCAAUAGUCGCUACAUAGCAUCUCUGACAGCAAGGACUAAGGUCGGCAAGUCAGAUGCAACUGUGCUCACCAUCCCCAGCUCCUACUUCAAAGCUUCUUACCCUGUUGUGGAUCUUAAAGCAUUCCCAAAAGAUAAUAAGCUCUGGGUAGAAUGGACUCCUCCACCUAAAUCUGUGAGCAAAUACAUAGUUGAGUGGUGUGUGUUGUCGGAUGAAGCCCCCUGCACCCCAGACUGGCAGCAAGAAGAUAACACUGUGAACAAAACCUACUUAAGAGGCAGCCUGCUGGAGAGUAAGUGCUAUCUGAUCACAGUUACCCCCGUCUUCACCAACGGGCCAGGAAUACCAGGGUCCAUAAAGGCAUACCUCAAACAAGCCGCACCUUCUAAAGGACCUACUGUUCGGACAAAGAAAGUGGGGAAAAACGAAGCUGUCUUAGAAUGGGACCAACUUCCUGUUGAUGCUCAGAAUGGAUUUAUUCGAAACUACUCUAUUUCUUAUAAAACCAUUGCAGGAAAUGAAAUUGUCGUGAAUGUGGAUUCUUCCCACACAGAAUAUACCCUGUCCUCUCUGAGCAGUGAUACGCUGUACAUGGUACGAAUGGCAGCCUACACAGAUGAAGGCGGCAAAGACGGUCCGGAAUUCACUUUCACAACAUCAAAGUUUGCUCAGGGAGAGAUAGAAGCCAUCGUCGUGCCUGUGUGCCUGGCGUUUCUCUUGACAACGCUGCUCGGGGUCCUGUUCUGCUUUAACAAACGAGACCUAAUUAAAAAACACAUCUGGCCUAAUGUUCCAGAUCCUUCAAAGAGUCAUAUUGCCCAGUGGUCACCUCACACGCCCCCAAGGCACAAUUUUAACUCCAAAGAUCAAAUGUACUCAGAUGGCAAUUUCACUGAUGUAAGCGUUGUAGAAAUCGAAGCGAACAACAAAAAGCCUUGUCCAGAUGAUCUGAAAUCACUGGACCUGUUCAAGAAGGAAAAACUGAGUACGGAAGGCCACAGCAGCGGCAUUGGGGGCUCUUCGUGCAUGUCGUCUUCCAGGCCCAGCAUCUCCAGCAGCGAGGAGAAUGAGUGCGCGCAGAGCACCGCCAGCACGGUGCAGUACUCCACCGUGGUGCACAGCGGCUACCGGCACCAGGUCCCCUCAGUGCAGGUCUUCUCCAGGUCUGAGUCCACCCAGCCCCUGCUGGACUCGGAGGAGCGGCCGGAAGACCUGCAGCUGCUGGACAGUGUGGACAGCAGCGAGGAGAUCUUGCCCAGGCAGCAGUAUUUCAAACAGAACUGCAGUCAGCCUGAAGCCAGCCCAGAUAGUUCACAUUUUGAAAGGUCAAACCAGGCUUUGUCAGGCAGCGAGGAGGGUCUGAUCAGACUGAAACAGCAGCAGGGUUCAGAUCCCAUCUUGCAGCCCUGUGGGUCUGAGCAACGGAGCCUGUUUCAGGAAAGUUCGGCCGCACAUGCUCUUGGCAUGGGGACCGAUGGACAAGUAGAGAGAUUUGAAUCUGCUGGAAUGGAGACAGCAAAUGAUGAAGAAAUCCCCAAAAGCUACUUGCCACAGACUGUAAGACAAGGCGGCUACGUGCCACAGUGAGAGACUGACCCUGUAACUUCAGCAGCACCUGUGAAGAAGAGCUGAAAUCCUUGUGUGGGACUUCAGAUGAAAACGCAUCUUCACUCCUGGAGAUGACCGUUGCCCUGAAGGACAAAGCCACAACUACGCCACCUCCCUCCCAGAGUACCUGGGCUCCUCCUGCAAGCACUACAUGAACUGACUUGGUUCUCUGGAUGGCUGAGGGACUGUGUGCCGGAUGUGCGCGCUGCAGAAAACAAAGUGUCUGAGAGUUACACAGCUUUUUGUUUUGCUACCUAGAAAACAGGAAAUGUCCGCGGGUGGCAGCAUAGUACAGCUGUGCUGGAGUUAAUGAGACUAGUCAUCCAGGUGCCAGGAGCAGACGUCUACACCUUCCUCGGCCAACAGCAUCAUUUAAAAGUGCCAUGGGCCACACUGUCCAGAUUUUGUCAUCUGGCAAAAGACAUAGUCGGGGCAGGCUCGUUUCUGAUUCUGCCAAUUACAGAAUAUUGUCUUGCUCCCUGCUGUUGGUGUCUGCUGCCAGCUGUUACUGAAGAAAGGGACGAAUUUAAAAGAUGAGCAAUGUAGAAUACCCAUUUUCUUAAUAUUACCCAAAACCUUACAAAAACCUGCUUAUUAUUGAUUACCUCUUUCAAAGUGAAGUACACCGACCCUGUAGAGGGCACUGAUAGAGCUAGCAAUGAACGCCAUAACCUAUCUUGAACAUUUAAAAACUCAAUGUUUUUUUUACCCCCUCUGACAGAGUUUCCCUAUGUAAUGGAGCCUGGCCGUUUUGCAACUCCCUCUGUAGGCCAGGCUAGCCUUGAACUCAGCGAUCAGAUUCACCUGCCUCUGCCUCCCAAGUGCUGAGAUUAAAGAUAUGAGCCACCACCGCCCAGCUUAAAAAAUUGCUAUUGUUAAAGGCUUAAGGUGUUGAUACUUCUCUGAGUGUAGAUAAACACACCAAGGAUGAUGAUUCCAGAGAUGGGCUGAGGAAGCACUAUAUACAGAAAGUUCAGCUUUAAACUGUUUUAAUUAUUCCACCUUAUCUUUAUUUUCAAAAAUAGCAGGAGGUGCUUGCUGGAGGGCGCCAUUCCCCACAGCCACAAGCAUCAUCCCAGAACGUGCCCUGAUCUCAGCAACCACUGAGGUGGUGGAGGUGGCAGAGGUCCUCAUACAGAGCUGAUGAAGCCAGAAGGCUUUUGUUAGUUUGCUGGGUGGGGAUUUGAACUCAUGGCCUUGAACAUGGUAGUCACACUCUCUAGCUCUGAGCUACCUGAUCACACAUCUCAUUAUGUUAUUUAGGCUCAAGUGAUCCUCCUGUCCCAGCUUCCAGAGUAUUUGGGACUUUGGGUAUGUGCUGCCACACCCAACAAAAUAUGGUAUUUUUAAUAUCUGCCUUUUCUGAUGUAGACUUUUACACAGGAUUUAGGAAUAUCUUAAACCUAUUCCGUCUAGUUGCUUUGUUAAGGAACAGUCCAAGCCUCCAGGGUUUAGCACUAAAGCCAUUCCGUCUAGUUGCUUUGUUAAGGAACAGUUCAAGCCUCCAGGGUUUAGCACUAAAGCCAUUAAUGUAUUUGUGCCUAACUUCCCAGUGUGACAUGGAGGAGGCUAAGAGUAGAUGCUCAGUGUACAAGAAGUGACCGGGCUCCAUUGGUGGCUGAUCACCAACAGCCGUGCCCACAGGAAGAGUGUUAAGAGUUUCAGACCGUGGACACACUUAAAUUGUUUAUAAAGGUUACAAAACAAACAGCUAAGAACUGAUACUCAUUCAGUUGGAUGCAGUUUUACCUGUUACUCUCAGAAUGUUGUUUAUAUUAGAUUUGCUGAUAGGUUAUCAUUUAUUUUUUUAUAAUAGCUAAUACUUUUCUGAGUUUUUUCACAUGUGUAAUCCUUGUGAGACAGUAAAUGCUUUGUUCUCAUAUUUAGUUGCCCUCUUGGCAAAACCAAGCUGAAGUUGGUAAAUUGAAAAUAGGGGAUGAGUCAGGCACAGAAAGGUCAGACAAGGGUCAAAGAGCCCAGAAUUCACACUACAAGGUAAUGGUGUCAUCACCAUUCAAGUUGGACGUCGAAGCCUGGUCCGGGUCAGGGCUGAGUGCUCUGUGCAUAUAUGUGUCAGGAAAGUAACAUGAUAAAUUUCUCAUUUUCUCCCUGUAAGUGGUCUAGUUACGUUGCUGUAUUCGUGUUUAGCUGUACCUUCUUCCUUCAAACAGCGCUGUGAACAUUUAGUGAGAGGUCCACACUGGGAGUGCUGGUUCUCCAGUGAGUUCAUGAAUGAGCAUAAGAGACCUUCGGAGGAGCCUCACGGAAGCAAGUUUGCAUGCUGAUCCCCUUCAGAACGCGCCUCGGUGAUCCCAGCCUCCACCAGCAGAGAGGGUGGGGCCAUUGCUGCAUGAACUCUCACCCCGGGGAUGUGUGAUGGAGUACCUUCCUUUGCUCUAAGAGAAAAGUCAUAAACCUAUCUUCAAGGCAGACUUUGCAGCAUGCUUAAGAGGAAUCUGGAUGCAUGUGCCUUGUAUUUUAGCUAGGCAGAGAAACUAUUCUUUAUAUAAACCAGUCUAAUAAAGCUA